AUGUUGUUGUCUUGGAGUUUCGCAUCUCUACUCGGGUCGACGCUGUUCGGCUUGGGUCAGGCCACGUCGCAGAGUCCAUUGCACGUCGACCUACCUAAUGAUACGGCGAGCACCCACGAUGGUUUCCAAGUGUUCACGAGCAAACAUUCCCCGCAACACUCAAUCCGCAUCAAGAAACAAAAUAGUUCGAUCAGUGAUGCCCACUCCGCCCAAUAUACUGGAUGGCUAGACUUCGGGCCCAAACACCUCUUCUUCUGGUACUUUGAGAGCCAGAGUGACCCGGAGAAUGAUCCGUUGACGCUGUGGAUGACUGGUGGGCCGGGAUAUUCUAGUAUGAUCGGGAUGUUGCAAGAGGUUGGGCCGUGUUUGGUAAAUGAGUAUGGAAACGGCACAAACUACAACCCGUGGGGCUGGAGCAAGAAAUCCUCGCUGCUCUUUGUGGACCAGCCCGUUGGUGUAGGCUUUUCUUACAUCGACGAGGGCCAUAAGACUCCCGACGAUUCGCAUAUAGCAGCUGUGGACAUGCAGAGGUUCCUACAGCUGUUUGUAUCCGAAGUCUUCCCUAACAAACUGCAUGUGCCAUUCCACAUUUCUGGAGAGUCAUACGGCGGCCAUUAUAUACCACAUCUUGGAGCGCAAAUCGUGCAGCAGAAUAAGCUCUAUCCCGACGAGCCACAAAUACGCCUCAAGUCCUGCCUAAUAGGUAAUGGAUUCAAAGUCACGAUCCCUUGCGAAGUCGACGACAUAUGUUAUAUUCAAGCUGACCGUCUUCAAAAUUAUCUAAACACAAAACUCAUUUGGGAUGCUCUUGCUCCCCCAGAAGCAAUUAAAAAAUACAAGUACGCGUCCAAAUUCGUCGAGGAUACCUUUGGCCUGACCUCGGACGGUAUGACGCCUUCAACUGGCCAGGUGGAAUAUCUGCUUGCAAACGAAGUACACGUUAUGAACUACCAAGGUAAUCUUGACCUUGCGUGUAAUACAGCUGGAAACCUAAAGUGGGCGCACAGCCUUCCAUGGAAAGGCCAAACCGAAUUCACAUCCAAGCCUCUAGUGCCGUGGAAGUCGGUACUUGCAGCGACCGGAACGAACGAAACUGUUGGAAAUACGAAAGAAGUCAACAUACGUGUGACUGAUAGCACGGAUGUGAAAACCAGGUAUGCGUUUGUAACUGUGGACAACGCCGGGCAUAUGGUCCCUCAGGAUCGACCCGAUGUAGCAUUUGACCUGAUGAACCACUGGAUUUCAGGCGAACCGUUUGUCUAA